AAUUCGAAAUUCAGAAUGCGAAUUGUGUAACGAGGUCUUCUCUACUUUUCAAAAUAAGAGAUGAAUGUCAUGAUUAAAUUGUCUAAAUCGUGAAAAGAGAAUAGUUUGAGCACUUGCUGUCGAAAGUAGCGUGUCCUUGAGUAGUACACACGUGUGUGCUCUAAUUCCGCUCGAUAUAUCAUCCGUUAUGGGAUUCAGAAUUCAGAAUACGAUGAUUGGGCCUCGAGAUUCGCAUGCGGGCGUGAAAGUGUACGCGAGGUUUCACCAAGAAGAGCGCAGCGGGAAAUGUUUCUGCUUUUGCGGCCGCAGAAACAAAACUGCACUCGCAGCGUACGCAACUCUUGCACAAGGACCAAGGAAGAAAGACUUGAAUCGACGUAUUACGAAAAAGCUAUUUCACGUGGAAAAACUUGGGCAAAAAGAAGAUUUCCAAUUAUCCAGAGCGAGAAAAAUAAACAGAGAAUGCCAGCGGAAUCAUCGAUCUAUUGGAGUUCGGUCGACUCCCGAAAAUCGACCUCCGGCAGUUCCGGAAGCGACGCUGGCAGUCGUCAUUACGUGGACCCGUGGGACCUGGAAAAUUACGCUUACCUACGUCGUCAUAGCGUCGCCGACGUGCCGCGCCGAACGCGACGUCCUCCUACAAACGAGCGUUCUUCCCGCGAUACGCGAGCAUUCUCGGAAUACUGGUAUGCCUUACCCUCAUUGAGAGAAUCGGAAUACGAUGGUUCCCCAUACGCGCAGGAACUGUACCGUAGACCAAUUAAGCCAACAAACAAUGGCUUCUAUUAUCAGCAAGCUAUCUAUGAGGACGAGGGAAUGGAUUAUACUGCACCGUUUCCGGUUUACACGCCUGGAUUAUUCGAAAUUUCUAGAUAUCCCCCGCAAGAAGAAAGAUGCUUGCCAUAUGCAAUUCACACAGAUAAAGACAGAUAUAUAGCGGAAGCGAUCUGCCCACCUCAUAUUGGACAUUUAAACACAUACGGUCAUCUGAAGAUCGACUACACGAACAGCUGGAAUUCACUCAAUCGUCGAAUUAGAAAAUAAAAGAAUUGGCUUCUCUCGGAUCAGAAAUGGAUAUGAGAGAUGAAUUACUCGAUGAUGAGAUAUGUUACAUAAAUAAUAUUGUUAUAUAUGCUCAAUUAAAGCUUUUAAUUAAUUAAGGGUUUUUAAUCGAAAAAAACCUGUAAUUAAAUCGUUUUUAAUAUCGUUAUUAUUAUUUAUUAGUCGAUAGUUCACAAACAUUUGUUUUGCUUUCGUAUGUGUGUUACAGUAUUAGAUAUAUUUAAAAAAUUAUAUUACGUUAAUUUAUUUUAUUAAUUUGUAAUUGUAUUAACUUUCUUCGUUCAAAACAUUACGUAAGAAACGAAAUAUUAUUAAAUUAUUUGCGUUCAUAAACCAU